AUGCUCGACGACAGCUUCCCGACGUACCGCUUGGCCUCUACCAAGGAAGAUCCGCUCCAGACCACUCUCUUCUACACCUACAACGGCUCGGAUCCUGCACGUGCCUACACCCUACAGAGACCGGCGCCCUCGUCCUCGGCAAAUCAGUAUGCCGUCGCCCUCUUCGACGCCCAGCAUCAGUCCGUCAUCUACGGCGAGGUGCUGGUAAAGCCCGAGUUUCAGCAGCCCAGCCUCUCGGCCGCCGAGCUCCGCAACCAAAACGGCUCUCCGUCCAACGUGCCCAUCACGCCGGAUUCCUUCGCGGUGCUGCUGUACAACCCGGACCAGAGCAUCGCCGUCAAGCGGAACGCCGGGGGCUGGAAUCGGGCUGACUCGUGGGGCUUUGAGAUUCCCGAGCGCUCCUUUAAGCUGCCCAGCGCGAGCAAACUGGAUCAAGAGACGGGCAGCAAUGAGGUGUCGGACCUGUCGCCCAAGAUUAUGUUUCACUGGAAGCGGGAUGGGCGGCUGAACAAGGAUAUGACGUGCUACAUGUCUGGGAAGAGCGUGGGCGGCAAGAAGAGCAAGGAGCCGGACAUUACGGUGGCCAUGUAUCGGAGCGAGAAGCAAGGCGAUGCCCUGAGCAUAUAUGAGCCCAACAUGGCCCGCGUGGAAGUCGAGGAUAGAAAAGGACUUGAAGUUGUGCUGCUACUGAGCGCAGUUGUUGUCAGAGACUUGCACUUUGCGCCUCGGCAUGAUCCCUUCAACGUCUCCAGCGCCGGCAUGGCUCCGGCGGGUGGUGCAAGAAGAGGCUCACGGCCCCCCUUGGCACCGUCGCCCAACGACCCAACGCUUGUGUCGGGCGCAUUGGGCAAUACUCCGCCGGCGGCGAUGAACAGCAAUGCGGCGAAGCAGGCCGAGAUUGAGGCAGAGACGCGGAGGCUGCAGGCAAUGGUGGCCGAAGAAGAGCGGCAGCGUCGAGAGCGCCUGGCGCGAGAAGAGGAGGAAAAAACGAGGAGGAUGCUGCAGCGGGAAGAAGAAGAAGCGGCGCAACGGCGCCGGAGGCAAGCCGAGGUCGAUGCCGAGACCGAGCGUCUACGCCGA